AUGGCUAACCUGCCCGGCGUGCCUCCACAAGAAAUGUGUCUUCUGGACAAUAAUGAUGACGAUUUGACAGACGUUGUCGAAAGGGAUGGUGAAUUCAACAUUGGUAUCGGGGAGCAUUCUGAUCUCUGGAAGGGAAGACUGUCGGUUGAGGGAGUUCCCACCCUGGUUGCCAUAAAAGUUCUUCGCGGAGGUUCCAGCAGCAGACCCGAUUUUAGAGAGCACCUAAUCAAGUCGCUUCGUCGGCAAGGCAUUCUCUGGCUGAAGUUGUCCCACCCUCACGUUUCUAAGUUCUAUGGAUUUGUCUACAACUUUGGAAUACUUCCUGGGCUCGUAUUGGAGUUUUAUGAAGGAAAGAAUGUCAUGGAGUACACAAAGCGUGAAAAUUCUGAUGAAACGAAGCUAAGACUGGUUGGGGAAAUUGCUCUCGGUUUGAAAUACUUGCAUCAACAGUGGCCGCCUAUUGUUCAUGGUGACUUGCGAGGGGCGAAUGUACUCAUUGAUAGCGCAGGACACGCUGUUGUGGCUGACUAUGGUUUAGCGUCAAUUAUGGAUUCCGCUGAGUUCACCUCUAUCAAAACCGCGGGAACCUGUCGAUGGACUGCACCGGAAAUUAUGGACCCGCCAGCCAGUGGCGAUAUACCCUUACCUCAGUUUACCGUUAAGAGUGACGUAUUUUCUUAUGCCAUGACUGUCUUUGAGAUCUUUGCUGGGGAACGACCAUUCAACGAGAAGAAAAGCGAUAGCAGCGUUAUCUUUGCAAUCUUGAACGGAAAUCGCCCAACUCUUCCGGAGUUUUUUGAAAGCAAAUCUGAUCUUGCAAAACUUGUGCAACAGUGCUGGAGCCAGAACCCCGAUCAACGACCAACCGCCCGUCAGAUCUGCCGCAGUCUGGGAUUGACAACUUGGUACUGGGAUUGGCUGGACACUGUUCGUGGAUAUUUGCCAGUGUAG